AUGAAAGUAUCUGAAAAAAACCUGUCAAGUGUUAAACAAGCAAUGUCUGAAGGUCUGGAGGCGUGCGUUGCGCGCGCGCUACCACUCACGACUGCUCACAGAAUGGCGACUAAGGGUGCAUCGGUGAAGUCAGAAGUGAAAAGAGAAGUCAAAGUAGUAAAGAAACAAGUUACCAAAGAAAAUAAAGUACAAGAACAAAAUGGAAACGAGAAUAAAGACACAAAUGAUGAAGCUGAAUUGAGUGUCAAGAUACCUACGAAAAAAUCAGGGGCUAGAACCGAGACAAAAGUAGAAGUGGAGAAGAGGACACUACCAGAUGGAUCUAUAGAAGAAGUUAAAACUACUACAACAAAGACAACGAUUGAUGGUCGCACUGAAAUAAAAACGAGAACAGAAACUACAGUAAUACCUAAAGAUGAAGAAUCAGAAGAGGAAAUUGUAGAAGAGGAGGAGGAAGAAGCUCAAGAAGUAAACAAUGAAGAUGAUACUGGGGAGACAGAAAUCACCAGGGUAACAGAGAAGAUUUCUGCACCAAAAGAAAAUGGUAAUGUUUCUAAAACCGAAGAAAGGUCUGAAACCACGAUAGUAAAGAAGGUUGCAGUAGUACAAGAGUCUCCUAAGCCGGAACAAUCUGAGAUAGUUGAACAAGAAGACGAAGAAGUAGAAGAAGAGGAAGACGUGGUAGAAGCUGAACCAGUAACAAUUGUACUAAAAAAACAAGCAACCCCUGAGCCCAAAAUUAAAUCUAAGCCAGUUGAAGAAGAAGAAGAAGAAGAAGACGAGGAAGAAGAAAUUGUAGAAGAAUCAGAAGACGCAGAACAAGAAAUAGUCCAAGAAGAAGUUAAAACAGACAUAAAAGAAGAAGAACUGGUAGAAAAAGAGGAAUCUGAGCCAGAAGAAGAAGUAGAAAAAGUGAAAGAAACUGUUAAUAAAAAUGACGAAGAAGAAUCAGAAGAAGAAUAUGAAGAAGUAGAGGAAGAAAAACAGGAAACCCAAGUAGAACAAAAGACUGAAGUUAAAGAAAAUAUUGAAAAAGAAGAAGAGGAUUCUAUUAAAGAAUCUACGAAGGAAGUAAAAGAAGAAGAAACUAUUUCUGGAGAAGUAACUAGUGAAACAAAAGAGGCAAUAAAAGAAAAAGAGCACGUAAUCACGGUACAGGUACAAGAAUCUGAACAACCUAAGUUAACGACAAAAGAAGAUAAACCUGAGGAAAAACCAACAGAAUUUACAAUUCCUAUCAGAGAGCCUUCUAUACCUCUUGACAAAGUAGAGGACAUUGAAAUUAAGCCAAUCGGAAUUACACCAAUUAUUACAAAAACGCACACUGAGAAUACUGAAAUUACAAGGAGUACAGUAGAUCCAUCAGGAGGUCUAAGCAGACAAACAGAAUAUAAUAAAAUCGAAAACAUUGUUACUGUUAAUCGUACCACAAAAAUACUUGACCAGAAUUAUGAAAAUUUAACCCAGCAAGGUAUUCCAACUGUAAAAACAUACUUCCCCCCUCCGAGUACAGAAAGGUUUUCUGGAUCUACCAUGGCUUCUAGACCUUAUCAGCCUGUAUAUCCUCCAGAGUCAGUUCCUGAAAGGCGGCACAGCUUGCUUUUAGAAAGACUGAGCAUGGAACGGCAAAUGCCUUCGGAUGUAUACCAGUUUAGCAACCAGAGCUAUGAACAGACACAAUAUCAAAGUGAACCUCAAUCAGAAGUUCUAGCCGUUAGCAACGUAAAGCCAAGUACAAUAACUAACCAGCAAUGGUACCAACAAACUAAAGAGAAUCAGAACGUUUUAUACAACAACGUCACGUCUACCCCAAAUAAUACUGGUGCACCUUUUGCUCUGCCAAAAUCUCCUCAACCUCAGCAGCAAUAUCAAUCUCAACAGCAAUACCAAUCUCAACAGCAAUACCAAUCUCAACCACAAUAUCAACCACCGCCCCCAUCUCAGUUCCAACGAGGCACUACACCCCAACCACAAUUCCAACGAGGUGCAACACCCCAGUCUCAAUACCAAAAGGUCGCUACUCCUCAACCUCAGUACCAGCCAUCUUAUUCUGAGCCACAAUCCGAUAAAGCACCUGUAAAUAAUUACUCUUCAUAUACACCUAAUCCAACUUGGAUAUCAAAUACCGUAGAAGCCCCUCCUCCUCCAUAUUCUUAUUUAAACAAGGACACGACACAAAGUUAUCAGAAAAGCACACUCAAUUCUACUACACAAUACUCCACAGGUUACGUUCCGCCUCCAUGGGAACAGGAUUCUAGCUACACCUCGGUAAAUAAUACUUCAGAGAAGUACUAUCAAGAAGUACCUCAAUCAACUGCAUUCAGUCCCGCUCCUUCUCAAGGCUGGAAACCAACUCCAGCACCUGCAAAGUUUACUAAGCCCGCUCCUAUAGCUUAUGCACCUCCAGCACCUAAUCAAUCAUUUGUAAAGCCAGCUGCGGAGCUUCCAAGACAUCCUGGACGUAAAACCUACUAUAGUGAAUAUGAAAGACGAUACAUCACUGUACCGGAAUCGACCUAUAUUCCCACCGAAACCAAGUUCCAGCCUCAACCCGAUUCAUCUCCACAGUAUUACUAUGAUAACAAUGAGCCAUCCGAACCCGUAGAACCACAGUGGCGUAAGGAGCUCAGAGAAUUCACGGAGAAAACAUCUCAAACUCAAACUGUAGAACAAACUAACAUCAAACCUCCAUGGGAAUCAGACCCUAAGUAUGCAAAAACUCCGUCGUCGACAUAUACUCCAACGCCGACAUGGAGUCAAACGUUGAGACCACAGUCAAAUCGCGAGAGGAGCUUCGAGUCGGAGUAUGUAUCUCAAGAAUGGCCCAAAACGAAUACUUUAGGUCGUAGAAGACCACUGAGUACUGUUGGAGUCAGCAUGGAAGGGAAGGUUGAUGACAGAGUUCGGGGUGUAUCAGUAGAUAGGUACAAUCCAAACAAUUAUCAGCCUCCCGCGGAGCAUCCACCGGUGCAAACACACACGUUGACUACACCAGUGCAUACGGGUUACCAUAACCCUAACGUGCCUGCUUAUCACACUCGUGCCUCUGCUGAACCAAGAGAGCAACCGAUCCCGUACCAACAACGCGUGUAUAGGGAAUCCCGCGCAAGCCCGCUCCAGUCACGGUCAUUCAAAUACCUGCAAUGGAUCACUGGCACUGAAAAUUAA